AUGGAUUCCCUAGUGGAUGGGAACCACACCACAGUGACAGAGUUCAUUUUAUUGGGCUUAACUCAUGAUCCAGUCCUUCGAGUCAUCCUCUUCAUCAUCAUCCUGGGCAUCUACCUGGUGACUGUAUCUGGAAAUCUCUGCACAAUUCUUCUCAUCAGAGUCUCCACUCAGCUCCACCAUCCCAUGUACUUUUUCCUCAGCCAUUUAGCUUUUGCUGACUUAGGCUACUCUUCUUCUGUCACACCCAAUAUGCUGGUUAACUUUUUGGUAGAGAAAAAUUCAAUCUCCUAUCUUGGAUGUGCCAUCCAGCUUGGUUCAGUUGUUUUCUUUGGAUCAUCUGAGUGCUUCCUUCUGGCUGCCAUGGCCUAUGAUCGCUUCAUGGCCAUCUGCAACCCACUACUGUAUUCAACCAAAAUGUCUACACAAGUCUGUGUCCUGUUAGUAUUAGUUGCUUAUAUAGGUGGUUUUCUCAACACUUGCUCUUUUAACUUAUGCUUCUAUUGUUUAUUUUUCUGUGGACCAAAUGGGAUCAAUCACUUUUUCUGUGAUUUUGCUCCUUUAGUUGAGCUCUCCUGUAAUGAUAUUAGUGUUUCUGCUAUUGUUCCCUCAUUUACCGCUGGAUCCAUCAUUGUGGUCACAGUGAUUGUCCUAGCCGUCUCCUACAUCUACAUCCUCAUCACCAUCCUGAAGAUGCACUCCACUGAGGGCCGCCACAAGGCCUUCUCCACCUGCACCUCCCACCUCACUGCAGUCACUCUAUUCUAUGGAACCAUUACAUUCAUCUAUGUGAUGCCCAAAUCCAGUUACUCCACUGACCAGAAUAAGGUGAUAUCUGUGUUCUACAUGGUGGUGAUCCCCAUGUUGAACCCCCUCAUCUACAGUCUCAGGAAUAAUGAGAUCAAGGGGGCUCUGAAGAGAGAGCUUGGGAGGAAAGUGUUUUCUUAG